AAUCAAGUUACAAAUUAAAUGAGAAAACUAAUGUGUAUAAUAUUUGGCAAAUUUCAAGUGGGAAACAAUCAUUUCACGGUAUUCAUGGAAUAAGAUUAACUUUGGAUGUAAUAAAUGGAAAAGGGGAAGAAGUUGUCGAUGACACCCCUACAAAUGAAAUAAUAGUAAAUGAUUAUGUUUUAUGUCUCGAUAAUAUAUCGAAUAGUCAAUUUUCUCAAUCAAAUAUAAUUGAAUCUAGUCAAAAUUUAAGAAACAUGCCAAUUCAAACAAUGGGAUUGUCAGGAAAAUUUUUUAAGCUGGUAUCCGAUAAUAUUAAUCAUUUAGUUGUUGAUAAGUUAAUCGCAGGGCCGAUACG